AUGCCUUGCAAAAACUUCCACUCGGGUGAAGGGUGCACACGCAAGAACUGCAAGAAAAUUCACGACCAGGGCAGCUCGCUCUUAACGAUGCUAGGAUUCCUCAAAGGCGCCACGAAAGCCAUGGACAUUUGCGUCUUCACUAUCACUUGUGACGAAAUUGCAGACGCCGUGCUGGAAUCUUUCGACCGAGGCGUUAAAGUCCGUAUCAUAACGGACGACGGCCAGGCGAAGGGCAAAGGUUCCGACAUUCAAAAGUUCAUCGAUGUGUUCUGUAUCAUUGAUAAGAAGAUUUUGCUGAACGGCUCUUUCAAUUGGAGUCGUCAGGCUGUUGUGGGCAACAACGAAAACCUCGUCAUUCACAAGGACGGACCCAUCGUCGGUAUGCCUCGUGAGGGUAAGUACGAGCGCUAG